GCACUACCGAAGCGUCGGCUCGUGGAGGCGCUAUGACAACAGUGGAGCGGUUGGCGGAUUAAUGAGUGGAACGGCGGGCGGCGGUGGACACCGGCACCGGUUGUAAAAGAUGUCUUUGUUUAAAGCUCGAGAUUGGUGGUCCACAUCUGUGGGCGAGCAGGAGGAAUUUGACCAGGGAUGUUUAUGUGUUGCUAAUGUUGACAACACUGAAAGUGAUAAAAUCAUCAUUGGCAGCUAUAAGGGAAUUCUACGCAUCUAUUCUCCAGAACCUUCCAAACCUGGAGCAGCACUUCAACCGGAAGAAUUAAUUCUAGAAGUUCAGCUGCAGGAUCCAAUAUUACAAGUGGAGGUUGGCAAAUUUGUCUCAGGUACAGAACUCCUCCACAUGGCAGUUUUACAUCCAAGAAAACUAUCUGUUCAUGCUGUCUCAGGUACUAUGGGUACAGUUGAACAUGGAAAUCAGUACCAGCUGAAACUAAUUUACGAACACAAUCUUCAGGGGACAGCUUACAACUUAACAUUUGGAGGUUUUGGUGGUGUGAAAGGUCGUGAUUUAAUUUGCAUUCAGUCCAUGGAUGGGAUGCUGAUGUUCUUUGAACAGGAAAGCUUUGCUUUUAGGCGUUUCUUGCCUAAUUGUCUUUUGCCAGGCCCAUUGAAAUAUUGCUCCAGGACAGAUUCCUUCAUUACUGUCUCGUCAAGUCGACAUGUUGAAAGCUACAAGUACCAGGUAUUGGCAGUUGCCACAGAUGCAGAAAGCAGGCAUGAUUCUGAGCAACAGAAAUUGGGGUCUGGGAAAAGACUCACGAAGGAUUGGACAGUGAACAUUGGUGAGCAAGCUUUAGACAUACACAUCACAUCAUUUCACCAAGCUCCUUCUUCUAUAUUGGUACUUGGUGAGAGAAACCUUUACUGCUUCAAAGAAAAUGGACAGCUUCGCUUCAUGAAAAAACUGGAGUACAACCCAAGCUGUUUUUUGCCUUACACUUCAGUGUUGGAAGGAACAAUAAACAUUCUGAUUGGAAACCAUAAUAACAAGCUACUUGUAUAUCAGGACGUUACUCUGAAAUGGGUUGCACAGCUUCCCCAUCUUCCUGUGUGUGUACAAGUUGCCAACUUCCAACAUUUGAAAGGAGUGGUUGUGACUUUAAGCGACAGUGGCCACUUACAGUGUUCAUACCUUGGGACGGAUCCUUCCUUCUUCCAGGCUCCAAAAGUAGAGUCUAGGGAACUGAACUAUGAUGAAAUGGAUUCAGAAAUGAAAGAACUUAACAAGGUCAUCAGGGAAGCUACAAAAACACAAGAUAUUCUGCCUAAAAUGGAAAGCAAUGAUGAUUUGAACGUGACUGUUGUCGUCUCCCCCAGUCUGGAUGCAGCUUCUCAAGCACCUGACAACUCUGUCGAUGUACCUGUUCCUUCUAUCUCAUUGAAGGUGACGGUUUGGAGCCGACUAGCUGUUCAGGAUGUGAAGCUGUCAGUUUGUGUGCAGUCUCCACUAGCAGUAACUCAGGACCAACUGGGCUUUUCUUCUAUAGAACCUGGGACAUCAAAGAGUGUUUUGCUGUCGGUAUUCUUAAAGGAGAGCUUCCCACCUGCCACACUCGGGGGAGAUGUUGCAGUUUCUUAUUGUACAUCAACAGAGCGAAAUCCUGAAGGUGUACCUCGAAUUGUACAGCGCACAUUUAGUUUGCCUCUCAAAUUAAUUUGCCAACCAGUUCAACCAUGUAAGAAUGCUGUUCAUAAAAUUACAAUUGAUACAAACAAGCCACCAGUAAACAUUGCAGUUCUUUUUCCAGAUUUUCUUGGAGAGUCAGAUCAUGAACAGAUAAAUGUUUUGGGAUUUAAAUUACUCUCAGGGUCAACGAUUACAGUUUUAGCCUCAAAGACAUCAAGUCGAUACAGAGUUCAAUGUGACCAGUUUGAAGAUCUGUGGCUAAUCACUAAAGGACUUAUUCAGCGUUUGGAAGAGACCUUUUCCAAUGAAGAACACAAGGACUUUGUGUGCACCUUUCCAGGGCCCAUUCCUUUGCAAGAGUACUUUCAAUUAAUUGAUCGACAUUUUGAGCUGCGCCUAAAUGCUGAGAAAUAUAAAGAGCUUCUUUCAGAACGGGCUGUACAGUACAGGGCUAUCCAAAGGCGACUUUUAACACAUUUCAAGGACAAAACUCCCUCACCUCUCCGUAAUCUGGAUACGUUACUGGAUGGAACAUAUCAACAGAUUAUUGCUCUGGCUGAUGCCAUGGAGGAGAACCAGGCCAACCUAUACCAAGCCUUCACCAGGGUGAAGAGUGCCACACAGCUGACAGUCCUGUUGAUUGGUCUGUGGCAGAAUUUGAGUAGAGAUCAGAUGGCCAUCCUGGAAGCUGCAUUUCUACCCCUGACCCAGGACAGCCAGGAACUGGGCUGGGAGGAGUGUGUUGAUGCGGCUGUCGUUCACUUACUCAGAACCUGUCUUUCAAGAACCUCUAAGGACCAGGCAUUGAACCCCACAAACCAACUCAGCAUGCCAAAAGAUACCAGCAGGUUAAAGAAACACAUCACCCUUUUGUGUGACAGGCUGAGCAAAGGAGGUCAGCUGUCUUUAGUUACAGAUGCCCCACAGCAUGCAAUCAAUGUACCAGGCUUUCAAACAAUCCCAGAAUCCGAGCUGGAGGAGAGAACAGCAGACCAUUCUCCUUCAGGAACAUCCCAGAAUCCCGCACAUGUAAGGAAGUCAGAAACUGGUUUUUCCCGGAGUGCUACAGAAGAAAACACUAUGAUUCCCGAAGACAGAUAGAACAGAUCAAUAGCUGGAUCUUAUCCAGAACUGCUCCUUUUGUGACGCCAUCAAGUGGUGCCAGAGCCAAAACAGAUGCAGAUAUAGUUUCUCAAAACCAGCUGUGUAAUAUCCCUAGCUCAUACCUUGGGCCAGCAUGGAGCUUGUGUAAAAGCAGCUUGGAAAGUGGGAGUUUGUAGUACUUGAUGUUUCAAAUGUUCAAGGAGAUUCUGGGGCCAGCCAUUUUACCACACUUACUUUAAUCAUCUGGGAAAGACAUGGAUCCUGUCCAGUACACAUACAGUGACACUGCUGAAAUGACUGUAUUGUGGUAAAGCAUUGCUGCUGGGAUAAGUGUGAGGGUAAGUAAGACUACUACUGAAUUUGCAUAUGUUAUUUCAGCACACCCAGCUCUCCAAUAUAGUGCUCCUUUCGUACAUUGCACAGAACAUCAAUGUGGUAUUUGUGUUAGUGUUACAAUAUUCAUGUUAUAUGAUCCCAACACACUGUGUUAGUUAAUGUUAACUGGCUUUUUGUGCAUUUCUAGAAGCUGCAGAUUUGUGUGACAAAUUUCACCUUUUUACAGUUUCUACGUACAGUACAUGUUCAAGCAAAUAAGAGACUGUUUUAUAUCUCUUAUUAAAUGUA